AUGUAAGUCAAAAUAUUUAUCAAAUCAGAGUUUAAAAUUCCAAUUCGCCGCUUAUCAGUGAAAAUUCUUUGGGAAACUCGAGAAAAUGUUCCUCAGCAGAUGCACAAAUAGGUUAAGGAGCUGUUUGCACAUUUUGGGACCUCCUGUGGGGGCGGAAUCCCUCACGGGGAUGCGUUUCUUCAACAGCACACCUGUCCUAAUGGCUGAACCGCUGAAGAAGAAGAAAAAACUCGAUCCGGCAAUUAUAAAGCAACGAGAUGAGCGAAGGAAAAAGAAGUUGGAGAAGCAAAUCCGGCGACUGGAGAAGAAUGCACGACAACUGAAGCCCAUUGAUGAGCUUGAGGUGCCCUUUACGCUCAUUGAUGAGAAGAAAGUUCGCGUGAGGCCAUCAGUUGAGCUAACGCCGGAAGUUCAGGAGGAACGAGCAUUGCUCCAGAAGGAAUGGGCGAGGUACAAGAGGGGACAAAAGAUUGCUGAUUACCAGCUAAUUGAUCAGGUGAUGCAGGCCCAGAGGAAGGCUCUAGAUGAGCUGAAGCUGGAAUCGGAGGAACUCUACGAGGCUGCCAUUCAGCCAGAUCCCCAGCUAAUGCCAUUCAAAUCAAGAGUCUUGGUUGCAACUCCGCCAAUUGAGAACUAUGACAGCCCUGAUGGGGAAUAUGUGGAUGUGUCCAAGAAAUGGGAAUGAAGGAAGUUUUCUUUGAAGGAAUCUUCCUUGGAACGUUAGGAUUUGAAAUGUUUGAAUAAAAUUUAAGAAAUUGAGCUAAA